GAGGGCGUUGUUGACGUUUAAUGUCAUUUUGUCGACGUAAACAAGCGCGCUAGUGUUCCUGUAUUUAUUGUUUAUUUUCAUAUAAAAUCAAUUAAUCACCAUGUCGGCACACAACGUUAACGUCUGCGACAUCACAGACGACGUGAAGGAAGUGUUAAAGAAGUUCAGAUUUCAGAAACACACGUCGAAUUCUGCACUCAUACUAAAGGUGAACAGAGAGAAGCAGACGCUGGAGGUGGACGAGGAGCUGGAGAACGUGGAGCUGGAGGAGCUGCAGGACAUCCUGCCCUCGCACCAGCCGCGGUUCAUUGUCUACAGCUACAAAAUGGAACACGACGACGGCCGCGUGUCCUUCCCGAUGUGUUUCAUAUUCUACACGCCCCGGGACGCGCACAUGGAGCUGCAGGUAAUGUACGCCGGCACCCAGAGAGCUCUAGCGGCGGCAGUGGGGGCCCCCCGUCUGCUAGAAGUAAGAGAGAUAGACGAACUCACCGCUGACUGGCUGAACGAGAAACUGAAGAAAUAGACUGACAGACAGUAAGUCAGUAUUGUAGACGGGAUAGUUUAUAAAUUAAACAAUAAUAUACCUUAAAACGAGGUGAAUAGAGACUAAAGUUAAGCGUCGGCUCGCAUCGCACGCAACGGAUUUUAGUUUGUCUUGUAUAGAAACUCAUACAACUGCGUCCACUGAUCCGCAUCGUACGGACCGCAUCAUCGGCAAUGUCUACAUGCGAUGCGUACUGAUGACGUCAUACGGAAUGCGUGCGAUGCGUGCGAUCUCUACUAGUUUCGAGUCACAGAGCCAUUAGGCAGCGCGACGUCACCAACUGCGUACGCUGCUCAUGAUGAAGAGUCCCUCUGUGACUCGAAACUAGUAGAGCUUUUCUCCAUUUGAUUCUUAUUCACCUCGUUUUAUUUUUAAUAAUAAUCUAUAUAUACAUAAUAAGAUACGUUAUAAAAGACAUAAUAUACGUAGGAUAAGUAUACAUAUAAUAAUACAAGGUGACUGGUAAUUAGUGAACGAUAUUUAAACACGUGAUUGUACUCAUGAUUACAAACAACUUUCCCAAAGAUACUUUUUUUGUAUACUCAUUAGUUUUAUUUUUAUCAUAAUAAAAAAACAACAAAAAUUCCUUCGCAUGAUCAGCUGUUAGCAGCAGCUAAAGUUCCAAAAUACCUACUUCUUUUACCUUAUUUCUUUCUUUUAUAAAAAUAAAACUAAUAAGUAUACAAAUUAGGUAACCAGUAAUAAGUAUACAAAAAAGUUUCUUUGGGAAAGUUGUUUGUAAUCAUGAGUACAAUCACGUGUUUAAAUAUCGUUCACUAAUUACCAGUCACCCUAUAUAAGAGUCUAUCUUAUAAGCAAAAGACAUUUUAAAAUAUAAGUAGCUUUCUGCUCACGGCUUUAAAAGGAAAAAUAAUCCUACACUAGUUUCUACCUGGCUUUGCCUGCGAUAAAAAGUAUCCUAUCACCCAAGUCAGCUCAUACCCUGUCUGUAUACCAAAUUUCAUCAAAAUCCGUUCAGUAGUUUUAAAGAUCUAAGCAUACAUAGGGACAGACAGAAAGCGACUUUGUUUUAUACUAUGUAGUGAUGUAUUUUGCUUAUAAAUCAAGUAGUAUACUUAUAUUUAUUUUAAAAAUUAACUCGAAAUUACUCGAAAAUGAGUCAAAAAUCCCCGACUCGAGAUAUCAAGUGUAUCAGCUAAUGUUUAUAUUCUGAGUUCGAUUCCCGAGUCGGGCACAGUAUUAUCGGUGUUUAUACAUACAUAUAAUUAUUUGCUAGUAGACAUAUUGACGUACUCAGAGACAUUUAAUGAUUACUCAAACUAUUCCUUAGUAACGAUUUUGUUCCGAAAACAAUUGCUAAGGACUGGAUUAAGUAACCAUUAAAUGACUCUGAGUAUUAUAUAGUAGUUAGUAUUUUAGUAUAAUUUAAGUUAAUAAUAAAAACUGGUUUUGAAAACUGGCUGUAAUACUAAUAAUAUUAAUUUUUAUAAUAACUAUCGUGAGACAUACUAAAUUAACUAAAAAAUCACGGUUUACUCACGUAUAUUAAUGGAGAAAAGCUUAUUGUGUAAAACGUAAUUUAAUAUAAUUUUUAUAACAUAACUAGAGUGUAUAUGAGCACCUCUGCCUACCCCUUCGGGGGUUAAAAGGUUUGUUAUGUUAUAUUUGCCAGACGAUAACGACUGUUAUUAGUAAUAUAUGUGUAUGUUAAAUAUAGCCUCUUUUAUAUAUAAGCUAAGAUAUAUGCCAUUUUUAGAAAUUUUAUAUACCUAGUAUAAAAAAAAACGUAUUGCAUUUAUUCUGCUACACCCUGUAUAAGGAGCCCCAAUUCCCCCCUCCCCCCAAUCUAGGGGAGAUUGGGGGAAGAUUCUUAAAUCUCUAACCCCCAAAAGGCCGGCAACCGCACUUGUAAUGCCUCUGGUGUUUCAAGUGUCCAUGGGCGGCGGCGAUUGCUUACCAUCAGGUGAUACGUCUGCUCGAUUACCGGCUUAUACCAUAAAAAAGUAGAUUUAGAUGAUCUAGGUUCGAUAUUCGUGUUAGGUUAUGCAUGGAACAACUCUUUGUGUGAUCCACCAAUAGUUGUGUCAUGUGUAUGUGAAAUUGUAUGCUUAUAAACACACCCACGACACAGGAGAAAAUCCUAGUGCAAUUUGUGUCUAACACGAGAUUCGAACCUGUAUAUGUAUAUUGCAUAGUCAUAGUCUCGAAAUUUUAGUAUUAAUUAAUGUUUUAAGUAUUCUAAAAAUUAUAUAUUAAUACCUACUAAGACAACUGAAUAUUUUGAACCAAACCUAAGGCUACAGUUUACCUAUUUAUUCUACACACUGUACAGUUAAAUCUGUAUAGUAAAAUUGUAUGGUGUGUAGCCUUUAUUGCCUGAUUUUGUUCCUAAAAGAAUUGGAUAGUUUCCUCAGUCAAAAAUACAUUCUUUCGACCUUUUCAAUACAUUAAAAUAUUCAAAAGUAA